GUUAGAGGUGUCCGAAUUCCACGUCUCACUGACGCCACACUUGCAAGUGCACGUGAGUUUUGGAUGAUGAUGGCUACAACUGUCGAUGUUGGCGUGGAGAGAGAGGUUGAUGAAAACAGUUUACAGGAGAGUUUACAGGACACCGAAUUUGGAGGAUCAGGAGAUGAAGAAGUAGGUUCCCUAGUCAGACACGCUGUGUCCGAGCUGGAAAGCGCUCUCCAAGAAUCGCGAAGACUGCUAUCAGAACGUGAACGUGAACUGACAGUCGUACGCAAAGAGUUGGAUAAGUACAGACAACAAGUAGCCAAGGAAAUUCUAAGGAAAACGGAAAUAUCGGCAGCACUUGACCAGAGCCGCACCCACGCACUGAGACUAGAGUCGCUAGUAGAAAGAUGGCAGCAAGAGUUGCGAGAGUCUAAGUCUCACGAGGAGAAAGCCAAGCAACUAGCAACAGAGGUAACAACAGACAACGAGCGUAUGCGGGGGUCCUUGAAAGAAACCGAAGCUAGGAACAAGGAACUGACUGUUGAAAAUUCUCGUCUAUCACAAGAGCUGGAAAACCAGAAGAAGAAAUUAUCUGCUUUUCGACAUGGUCAGCAAGCUCAGUCCGCUAAGACAGAGAGUCGAUCAAGUACUAGAUCUCCAGACCCGGAUGUUAAUUUGAAGUUCCUCAGAAAAGCAGUGUAUCACUAUCUCACAGGAUAUCACGCUGAUGAGCAGAUUAAGGUCAUUGUGGCUAUUUUGGACUUUAAUCCACAACAACGAAAGUCUAUUUACGAUAGACAGCAGCAGAGAGGUGGCUGGUUUAGUACUGGAAAGAGCUAAAUGUGCACUUAUAGGACAUAGAGAUAGUACAGUAAGUUAAUUUAGUAAGCAAUUCUGUGAUUCUAAGCAACUUAAGAUAAAGUUUGCAUUGUAGGCUCUAUAAUGUUACUGGUAAGCAUAUGUAAUCAUUUUACAACAAGAACUCAUAGCACAUA